ACUCUUCGGAGGGAGGCCACGAUCAUGAAUGGCUGGGAGGAAUUCCUCAACCGCGACGCCCGAGGCACGGAGGUCUCUUGGAGCACCUGCGUCAAGUGCCAGGCAUGCGAGGAGCGCCCCGCGGCGAGGGGGGCGGCUCUCAGGGCGGGCUGGAGGGCUGCAACGGCAGAGCCUGCCCGGGCACCCGCAAUCAGGGCCGCCCUCCAGCUGUGGGAGGAGCUCGUCUCGGAGCACCCCGGUGCUUUGGGGGGCACGCCCGCUUUCCGCUGGGGGCCCCGCUUCAAGGAAGUGUUCGCGGGGGCCGCGGGGGUGGCCCGCGCGGUGAAGCAGCUGGGCAUCCAAGCGGAUGAGCCUGUGGAGCUGUACCGGAACCCCCUGCGCCCCAAGGAGUCGGAGAGGAGGGAGGACCACGGCCCUGGGGGCACCCGCACCUGGGAGAAGCCGGAGGGGACCGGUGUAAACGCCAAGGAGGUCUUGGGAAACGCCCUCUCCCAGACCACGGUAAGGUGCAUACGGGACCUUCAUAAGUGGAGGAAGGGGUGGAUCUUCGAGAACCAGGAGCACAGUGGGAUAUAUCCCAAGGUCUACGACCUCCCCGAGUGGUUGGAAAUCCUGGAGGAGACCGGUGCCGCGAUCAUCCCGGGAACGAUGUGCGCCUGGGGCCUCCAUCCCUCAGACGCUUCGUCCCCCCAUCAGUUCUAUCGCAAGGGGUGCUGGCUGGUCGUCGCCGCGAACCUGGCCCCCUUCUUCACGAAGCUCCGGAGACCCUGCCCCGGUCUCUCCCCGAUGCACCAGCACGUGGAGCUCAGG